AUGACGGCGUGCGGGCCGGCCGAGGGCAGCCACAGCCAGACUGAAAACCUGAGCUGCACGUCGGCUGACAGUCGGGACAGCUUCGCAAGCCCAGAAUCAGCAGACGCUGGGUGGUUUGUGGUGCUGGUGUGGUUUCUGAACCGGAAGACGGCUGAGUGGUGGCAGCCACCAUUCAUAGUGCACACCGUCCACACCACCUGCUGCGGGCGGGCUAUGCUUACUGUCACUGCCCCCGGAGAGGGAGAAGCUGGGGGUCAAGGUGGACGGUGUGAAGGCCGCGGGAGACGCUCAGGGGCCACCACUCUGCGCCUCCGUCCUCUCGCAAAGACUGAGCCAGAGCCACCCGUGCUGGAGCCGAGGGUGGACAUGUUCAGCUCAGGUAUGACCGUCAGUGGCCCACCUGCGGAUCUCAGCGCUACAGAAGCCGGCAGGCCCGGGAGGAAGCAGCUCAGCGGAGUCCAGAGCCGCUGCCCGUCUGCUGCAGCCGCGGCCCGGCACAGGGUCCUCAGCAUAAAGGACAAGAUAUCCGAAUGGGAAGGGAAGAAGGAGUCGCCUGCUGCCGCACCUGCCAGGAGAGCAGACGGGGCAGCGGGACACCUGCAGCCCUGCGCAGGGGAGAGGAGAGGCGGAGACGGCUGCGGGAGAGCCCAGGGCGCGGAGACCGAGCGGGGUGGAGGGGGAGUCACGGCCAAGCGCCAGGACGCGGCGCGGAGGCCAGACCUCAGCCAGCCAGAUGGGGAGCCGGAGGCCGGCUGGGGCCGGAGCCAGGAGCCACGGUGUGGCAGGCGCCUGCUGAGCGAUCAGCUCUCGGUGCUGAAGCAGGUGGAGAAGCUGGAGCAGGCUCUGAAAGACGGCUCGGCCGGGCUGGACCCCCAGAUGCCGGGGACCUGCUAUUCCCCACACUGCCUGCCUGAGAAGGCGGAAGAGGGGCUCCCCGCCUCUGAGAGCCACAGAGGCAGGGCUGGCUCGGGGGGCAGCCAGAGGGGCCAGCCGUGGGACCUGGGGGGCAGGGAGCCUGCCCCUGAGGCUGCCGAGGAGAGGCAAGGCCCAGAGAACGUGUACAGGGGUUCGGAGGGGUCGCCCCCGCAGCCCUUCAUCAACCCCCUUCCCAAGCCCCGGAGAACGUUCAGGCAUGCCGGAGAGGGGGCCGAGGACGGGCACCCAGCGGCCGGCUUCAGGAAGGAGAGAAGAACCCUGCCCCCUCUGCCUGCCCUCCCUCCCCCGCCCCUGCCCUCCUCGCCCCCACCUGCCGCCGUGACCAGGAGACUGGGGAACGGGAGGCAGAAGCCCAGCGCUGACCACAGAAAGUCCUACGAGUUUGAAGACCUGCAGUCCUCCUCGGAGAGCAGCAGGGUGGACUGGUACGCGCAGACCAAGUUGGAGCUCACACGCACUUUUUCAGAGGAGAACGUCUAUGAGGACAUUCUGGACCCGCCCGUGAAGGAGAACCCGUACGAGGACAUCGAGCUGCACGGUCGCUGCCUGGGGAAGAAGUGUGUCCUGACCUUUCCCGGCUCCCCCACGUCUCCCAUCCCCGACACGCCCACCAAGCAGUCGUUGUCCAAACCUGCUUUUCUCCGGCAAAAUUCCGAGAGGAGGAACUUCAGACUCCUGGACACCAGGAAGCUGAGUCGGGAUGGAACUGGGUCCCCGUCCAGAGUGAGCCCCCCCUCCACGCCCAGCAGCCCCGACGACACUCUCUUUAACCCUGGAGACCCACAGAACGGCCGCAAGAAGAGGAAGGUCCCCAAGCUGGUGUUGCGAAUCAACGCCAUCUACGAGGCCCGGAGAGGGAAGAAACGCGUGAAGAGGCUGUCCCAGUCCGCAGAGAGCAACUCAGGAAAAGUGACAGACGAGAACAGUGAGUCCGACAGUGACACCGAGGAGAAGCUGAAAGCCCACAGCCGCCGCCUGGUCCACGUGAAGUCCCGGCUGAAGCAGGCCCCUCGGUACCUGGCGCUUGACCGGGAGCUGGUCGAGUACCAGGAGAGGCAGCUCUUCGAGUACUUUGUGGUCGUGGCCCUGCACAGGAAGCAGGCGGGGGCUGCCUAUGUGCCCGAGCUCACCCAGCAGUUUCCUCUGAAGCUGGAGAGGUCGUUCAAGUUCAUGAGAGAGGCGGAGGACCAGCUGAAGGCCAUCCCCCAGUUCUGCUUCCCCGACGCCAAGGACUGGGCUCCUGUGCAGCAGUUCACCAGUGAAACGUUCUCCUUUGUCUUAACCGGAGAGGAUGGGAGCAGAAGGUUCGGGUACUGCCGCAGGCUGCUGCCUGGAGGCAAAGGGAAGCGUCUGCCCGAGGUCUACUGCAUCGUGAGCCGCCUGGGGUGCUUCAGCCUCUUCUCUAAGAUCCUGGACGAGGUGGAGAAGAGACGCGGCAUCUCCCCGGCCCUGGUGCAGCCCCUCAUGAGGAGCGUCAUGGAAGCCCCCUUCCCAGCCCUGGGCAAGACCGUCGUCGUGAAGAACUUCCUGCCCGGCUCAGGGACCGAGGUGAUCGAGCUGUGCCGCCCGCUGGACUCCCGGCUGGAACACGUGGAUUUCCAGUCUCUGUUCUCGUCUCUGAGCGUCCGCCACCUGCUCUGUGUGUUCGCCUCGCUGCUCCUGGAGAGGAGGGUCAUCUUCAUUGCCGACAAGCUCAGCACCCUGUCCAAGUGCUGCCACGCCAUGGUGGCGCUCAUCUACCCGUUCAGCUGGCAGCACACCUACAUCCCGGUGCUGCCGCCCGCCAUGAUCGACAUCGUGUGCUCUCCCACCCCCUUCCUCGUCGGGCUGCUGUCCAGCUCGCUGCCGCUGCUCCGGGAGCUGCCGCUGGAGGAGGUCCUUGUGGUCGACCUCGUCAGCAGUCGGUUCCUCAGACAGAUGGACGACGAGGACUCCAUCCUGCCGCGGAAGCUGCAGGUGGCCCUGGAGCACAUCCUGGAGCAGAGGAACGACCUGGCCAGUGAGCAGGUUGAGGGGCCCCCGGACUGCAAGCACGGCCCCGAGUCGAGCCCCUUGAACGAGGUGGUCUCCGAAGCCUUUGUCCGCUUCUUCGUGGAGGUCGUGGGCCACUACUCCCUGUUCCUGACGCCGGGCGAGCGCGAGGAGCGGACGCUGCAGCGAGAGGCCUUCCGCAAAGCCGUCUCCUCCAAGAGCCUGCGCCGCUUCCUGGAGCUCUUCAUGGAGACCCAGACAUUCCGAGGCUUCAUCCAGGAGCGGGCGAUGCGCCGGCAGGAUGCCAAGGGUCUGUUUGAGGUCCGAGCCCAGGAGUACCUGGAGACCCUGCCCAGCGGAGAGCACAGUGGCGUCAAUAAGUUCCUCAAGGGGCUGGGCAAUAAGAUGAAGUUUCUGCACAAGAAGUAGCCCUCAGCUCGGCCCCGAGGAAGCCCGGGCAGCGUGAACACGGGCUGUGGUAGCUCCUGGCGCAGAGGCCGGGCCGACUCCAGGCCGCCCUCCUUCAGGUCGGCACUGGAAAGGGAGCGAGGACCAGGCACAGCGCCCACGUGCCAGCGGAGCGUGGUGGUGUGGAUUCUGGGGACUGGGUUUCCUAACCUUAGGUAUUAAAAAAGAAAAGGAAAGUGCUUGGAUUAUCUGUUUAUUGCCCCGGGGCUGAGACUGCUGCCCAGUCCUCUGUCGGCUCUGCCUGGCCCGGCUUGUCCCGCUGCUGUCAGGCCCAGAGGAGCCAGGGCAUGGGGAAGGCGCCUCUGGCAGAAGUGGGGGCGGCCAGAGGCGGUGCCCGCGGGUUCGGGGCACGAGUCCUCCAGGUGAGGACACUGGCCCUCUCCCUGGAGUGGAGGUGGGAAGAACAGGAACCCAUGUGUGGCUUCCCCAGCAAGCUGCUCUCUGCGUUGGUCAGCGGCGCCACCUGGUGGCCACGGCCAAGGCUCCUCCUCAAACGGGCCUGACUUCUUGCUGGCCGUCUUUUCCUCUUAACAGCCACGGAAUCGUCCACGCCUGCGCAGCCCGUGACUUGGAGGGUCCCUCGUAAGCUCUGUGAAUAAGAUGUUCUGGGGUCCUCCUAAGGUUUGCAGGAGUGCCCGGAGCCCGCUGUGACACAGAGAUGCCACCUUGACCCCAGUCCCUGUAGACUGUCUGCAACGGUCCCAUCUCAUCCUGCGCACACAGAUGCAUGCAAUAGCAGACUUACAGGACCUCUGGGAGGGGCUUUUGGGGGCGGCCUCACUGGACUGUGCCCGCCGGGUUGUGCCCUGUGGACAGGAGCGGGGAAGGAGAAGGAAGAGGCCAGUCCGGGGGGUGCCCCACGGAGGGCCGGCGGGAGGCGAGAGGGGCCUGUGGGCAGCACGGGAAGUUCUCGGCCUGCACAGCCCUCAUGCCCUCAUGUCCCCUGUGGAUGCCACCAGUAAGCCCGACAGAAACACAGACGUUGUGUUGUGGCUGUGGCGGUGCCAGGGGCCCGCACUGCCGGGCACGGGUUCUCGGCUCACAGGGAGUUGGGGGAAGGAGGAUUCCAAGGAAGAACAGGAGCGAGAGGAAAGUGGAGAGGUUGAUCUCCCGUUCCACCUGAGGGUCCUUCCCUGGUGCUGAGUCCCGGACGCCCAGCGCAGUGCACCCCAGACCGGCAUCUCCGUGUGCCUCCCAGCAGUGGCAGGGAGCUGCCUGUGCGGCGGGGGUGGGGUGGCAGGACGGUGGAUCCUACCAGCUCCUCGGGUGACUGUUAAUAGCAAUAUCCUGUGUAUUCUUAUACUGCCCCGAAGGGACCAGAUGUUUUCUAACUUAUUCCGUAUCACACUGUUCAUUCAACGCCUCUGGUCAAUAAAUGUGCGUCCGUGUCGUCA